AGGUAAGGUCUUUUUUUAUAAAAAAGAAAAAAAAAAAAGGGUUAAAUUCUAGCUUUGGGAGUGGGAAUGGAGACUUUGAGACUACAGGCUACAGAGAAUGAAAAGAAAAAGGCCGGUUGGGUUAAAUAAAAGAGAUCCCAUGAUAAAUUUUGAGCCCUAAUGGAUGAAUUAGAAUGAAUCGUAACAAAAGGGGCAAAAUGGUCAAAUCGGAAUCCUCACCCUCCCAAUAAAUCCCCCCAAACCCUAGCUCCAUCCUUCGCCGCAUCUCCCAUAUACGCAGUAGCAGCACAGGAGGGAGAGAGAGGAGAGAAUGACGACUCGGUUCAAGAAGAACAGGAAGAAGCGCGGCCACGUCAGCGCCGGCCAUGGCCGUAUCGGAAAACAUAGAAAGCAUCCCGGUGGUCGCGGUAACGCCGGAGGUAUGCACCAUCACCGAAUCCUCUUCGACAAGUACCAUCCUGGUUACUUCGGCAAGGUCGGUAUGCGAUACUUCCACAAGCUUCGUAAUAAGUUCUACUGCCCGAUCGUCAACAUCGACAAGCUCUGGUCCCUUAUCCCCCAAGAUGUCAAGGAUAAGGCCUCUCCCGAGAACGCCCCCUUGAUCGACGUCACUCAGUUUGGCUAUUUCAAGGUUUUGGGUAAAGGAGCUUUGCCGGAGUCGAAGCCGAUUGUUGUGAAGGCCAAGCUGGUGUCGAAGAUCGCCGAGAAGAAGAUUAAGGAGGCCGGCGGUGCCGUUGUUCUCACUGCCUAGGUUUGCUUGCUCCUUUUUUUUUAAAAUAACUUUUUGAGGAUUAUUACGACUUCGUUAUUGAUUAGGUUUUUGGUGGAUUUUGAUUGUUUUCUUGUUGACUCUGAGAUGUUGAACCUUUUGAGGUGUUAUCUUAUCCCUUUGUUAUCAAUCAAUAUGGAGUUAUUUAGUA